AUGUCUGUGGCACGCCAUUCUCUGGGUGCCUCCGCGUCCGGGGCUGGGUCUAUGAACUCUACGACUCUGGCUGGUGCUUCGGCAGCAGUAGCUACGAUUCUCAAUGAGAUCGAAGACUUUAGCGGUUCAGAUAUUUUCGAGGACGCUGCCCGUAUCAUUCAAAUUGCUGCUCUCUGCUCCAAAGCGGUCUACAAGAAGGAUCCGGGCCAUGUUGUCCCCCAACUCCUGGACUAUGCCGUUAAAGACAGACACUGGAUAGAGCCCACCAGAGACGGCUCAGGGAAGGCCGCCGCUCUUUUUGAGAUCUUGCCGACUGAUCCGUCAUCUCAGCGAAAGGCACUAGUCGUUGCUGUUAGAGAGAGUGCAAGUUCUGUCGACUGGCUGGUCAACCUGAAUAGCGACCUAGCUGAAUGUUCUGACUUGGUGAAACUCCCCGAGUCACGUUUGAAACCAACGCUGAAAGUGCAUCGCGGGUUCGCCCAAUGUGCCAGAACUGUUGCUCCAGGACUGGUAAAUCAGAUAAAAGCUGCCCUAAACGAGGCUCAAACAGAAGAUCAGGAGAUAGAAAUUGUUUUCACAGGUCAUUCUGCUGGCGGACCCGUUGCAUGCCUUCUGUUUUGCUGUCUUCUUACAAGCCAAGUUCUUGAUCUGCCCUCGAAGAAGCCGAAGCUGUCUUGCGUAAGCUUUGGUUGUCCUCCGUUGUUCAACACCGACAUUGACGCCCGCCUCACCAAACUCUAUACCGGUAGCAACUUCCUCCGAGGGAAUAUACUCGCCUUCGUCAAUGUUGGCGACCCGGUUCCACGCAUGGAUGCAGCGUACGCGACAGAGCUUGCGCGUAUCUGGUAUCGUGUCGGAGGAGGCAAGUGCCCGCCGGCGAGCGAUUUCCAAGACUUCAAGCCACCCAAGCUACGUUUGAAUGGCCUCGGUCAACUGGUUGUUCUAUUCGAAAACGAACAGGAGGUUGAUGAGGACAGGGACGGGGACGGGGACGGGGACGGGGACGGGGACGGGGACGGGGACGGGGACGGGGACGGGGACGGGGACGGGGACGAGGACGAGGACGGGGACGAGGACGAGGACGAGGACGAGGAAGAGGAUGAUGAAGAAGAAGAGAGAAUCAUGGCAUGCCAGCUUAGCCAUGGCGAUCUUGAACACCAGGCCUGA